AUGACCGAUGCUCUUCAACCCGCCCAGAGCAAUCAGAGCGGCCAAAAGGCCGCGACCGCCCUGAUCUCCCAAACCAUCGAUGCUCCCCAAACCGCCCUGACCGUCCCAGCUGCCCCCGACGCCAGAAACGCCCACUCCAGCCAAACUGCUCAAACGGCCCCGAUUCCUGAACCCACGCAAGGCGCCCAGAUUGCACAAACUGCCGAGAUCGCACAGAUUGCCCCAACUGCACAAACUGCCCCAACAAUGGUUGAGCCCCCGCCGGCCCUCAAUGGGCGCGACUUUACCGGAGAGGAGCCGGACCCUCCUGCGGAGAUCCAGCAGUUGGGUGGAGGCGGAGAGGAGCUGACGUCAGCGUACGUCACGGGGCCAAGCUCUGCAGAGCUCCCGGCGCAAAUAUCCGACGGGUUGCCGAAAGCUGAUGGACGCAGCCGGGAGGCGACGCCGUCCGUGCGAGCAGUUGAUCCCCGGCCUUCAACCGACCGGCACUCCGGGCUCGUGCUCUCCCGGGCGCCCACACUUCCCCCCAAGUCGUCGGCGCUUUCUUCCGGAUCCCCUGUCGGAAGCCUACAGACACCCCGAGUGCGUACUGGGGGGUCCUUCGCCGGGCAAACAGAGCCCCCCGCCCUCCCACUGGGUUACAGCACAUUGGCGGGUCCUGGGGGGGCCUUCCCCGGGCAGAUAGAACCCCCCAGUCUCGAACAGGCUGACAGCAGAGUGACGUCACAGUGCCAAAUGGCAGACGUCCCGCGGUUACUGGUGGCAGCGACUCCGCUUAGGACGCACUCCGAAAGUGAGAGCCCCCUUGUGCGGCCCGGUUCGAGACCCCGGGCGCCUUACAAUCCCCUUGCCAUGACGCGUUCCCGAAUCCCUGCUUCGUCCGGCGAGCAGUCAGCUUCCUUCCAAGCGAGUAGCGCUCCGCUUGGUCCCCUGGCGAACGUGCCGGAAUCCGCUCGGCAAACGGCGGAACCGCACAACUUUCCAGCGCAAGCAGUGUCGAUAACGGGGCGGUGGAACGCCCCUGCUGACGUGGAAAACUUGGCAACGGAACUCCGGUCGGAAGGGCCGGAAGCCAGGCCAGGUGCACAGCGGUCACCUGAGCCCGAAAGGUGCUUCCCAGACCUUCCGGCCAUCCUCUCGCUCCUCUUACCAGCGGAAGAGAAGCGGAAUCCUCAAUCGUUUCCCGACGUUUCAAAGCGUCUCUGUCCGGCGAGUUCGACCCCAGAAGCGCAGGGAGCAAGCCACGUGGCAGCUCUUGAUUCGGCGCAAGGUGGGUCGCGCGCCGCCGCAGUUGCGGAGUCUUUACCGGCGCAUAUACGAUACCCACUCGAAAAGCACGCGGAGCGGAAUGAAGAGCGGAACGCAGAGCGAAAGCCUAGCUUAGCGGCGCAGAAGGUGGCGAAGCAGGAGCUGAGAGAAGAUGACACGUGUUGCGUCGGUUUUGAGAGCCCGAAAAACGCGGCGCUCGUGCCAUGUGGCCACCGCCUGUGCUUUGAGUGUAGCAAUUUGGUUGAGGGCAAGAUCGAGGGGAGAAUGCCCCCUGUGCAAAACGAGGAUCCAGAGCGUGCUGAAGCUAUAUAACUAAUUAGAUACUGCAAAAAAGCUAGCUUGUGAUUAGACGAAUCUGCCCCCGAGAUCAACAAAGAUCACGUCCGCCGAGCCAAAGCUUGAUUGGAGUGUUUCUUCGAUCGCGCUUGCAUGAAGAUCGUAUAUUAGUUUAGUGGGCAGUAGUCAAUGCAGUCGGAAAGAUGCUGGAAAAGAAGUAUGGUAAGGCGCGAACCCAAUUAAGCGCCCAAUUAAGCGCGCAGGCGCGCCAUACGUCCGAUCAGGCCGCCUUGAUAAUGAUGGUGCAAGAUCAAUCAUUGAAUAUUACUAAUCUCGCUAUUCGUACACUGACGUACAGUGUCGAUUUAAUUCAGUGUAGUCACUGAGUAAGACAGAUUUAAUUAUGACAAAUCAGCAC